AUGAGACAUCUGAUAGAUACUUUUAAUGAAUCGGUUUCAUCAAUAUUGGAAAGAAAAGUAAGAGGUUGGCUCAGUGGAGUCAUUGAAGAUAUGAGACGCAGUAGCCCAGUACAGCAGUGGCUAGAUUCUCUACCCGCAGACUCAGAAAUUGCAGAAAAACCUACAGAAGAGCAAACAAAAAAUACCCAAUCUGAUGAAAACAAAGCUGAGGAGAGCAUAACUGAUAACACUGUUGUUGAGGCAAAUAAUACAAACCUCAAUGAAGACAAGAGUUUAGAUGUCCCUUCUCAACAAGAAAUAUGGAAAAGAAAAUCUUUGGACAGUGGAAUGUUAACAAGUACACCAAAUAACAGAAGUAUUAAAAAGAAACUACAAAGAGAUCACUCAAUUCAGUCAGAUGGAUGUUCACCUAGGUUUAAAAAUCCACUUCUUAGAGACCAUUCUCUUCAGUCUGAUGCAAGUGGAUCAAGUAGUAGUUCCGUUUUAAAUGUCCUUGGAGCCAGGAAAGUUGAUGCAGAAUCAGUACUUUUGGCAUUGGGUUUUGGACCAAGUGAAAAGCAGCAAAAAUUACAAAGAAUACCAGAUAGAUUUUUAGUGCCUUCUAAGAUGAAGGGAAUAAGCACGGAGCAAUUUAUAAAGGAUGAGCAACUUUCUAUGCGUAUGCAUGAUUGUGGUAUAUUUGGAUACAGGGGCCUUACAGGGAAUCCCCAUGUUCCACCAUCGACAAUUGUAGCUAAGAUUAUGGAGUGUAUACUGCAAGAUAAUGUUUGUCGAGAGGAGGCUCUGAUGAAGACGCGGCACUCCAUAGCUGAUAUGCGCAGCCCCGCAGCCAUCCACGCGCAUCUAGCACGGGCCGCCUUAAGCAGACAGACAACAAAG